AAUUUGUCUCACUACGUUUGUUUGUUUUUUGCGACUAGUCUACUUUGUGACAAACGCGCACGCUCUAAAAAACUGUAUACUUUAAGUUUAUACGGACUGCCAAACAUCUCCAAAGUAAAGGUCAUUGGGUCAGUGAUGACACUGUAACCGCUUUUGUUCUUCACGUUCUAAUGCGUAAUGACGCUAUAUUUUUGAACGAAUCUUUUGAGUCGGAUCUUUUCAAUGAAUCUUGAAACUCAUUGUUUGACCUGAGAACAGUUUGAAAGAGACUGGUUAAAUUCUUAAACUGAGAAUGGUGGAUGGAUUUGUUUGUGCAUACUUGUUACUAUAUGAAGUAAGUUGUAUGAUACGCCGGCUUCAUAUAUAAAUGCAUUCGUCUUAUUAUAUGAAGUAAAAGUAGAGUUAUACUCCGGAUUCGAAAAGGCAUAAUAAUAGUACAAUUCUCUUAAACCUUUCAUGAUACACUUUAAAUAGUUGCCUCUCAGGGAAAAAGGCUUGGUUGUCGUUUUGAAUAAAACCCUCUCCAAAUUGCAUAAAUGUAAUUGUAGUGGUAUACUAUUUAUGACCUUGCAUCAGAUUCGUAACGAACAGCAAUACAUGCGAAUAUAUGUGGUUUUAUCGAGACGUUUUUUUUUUUUUCUGUCAAAAAUCCAACGAGAAUCACUCACUUUUUUGAGACAUUUGAAAGAAUCGAUUCGCAUGAAUGAGUCAGUCACACUUCCCAUAGUCAAUUAUUAAACCAGCUCGUGCACACUCAGCUUUUAUUGCAUUUCUUUUUUCGUUAUCUCUGUCAAAAGCCUGGAAAUCUUCUGGAAUUACACCGGACUAUAUAAUUUCCCAUUCUUUCGUUUAAUUAUUAUUUGAAACAUUUAUGUUUGUGCAGGGCGGUAGUGAACAGGAAUGUGAAGCUGGCAUCGAUAAGUGAUCUGAACUGUUUUUAGCAACUGAAGCAGAGCAGCGACUGUGAUGUACUGAAGAUGUAACUGUAAUUUAUUAUUGUAGUUACAUCAAACAUGUGAUUUCGGAGGUAUGUCUGAUUAUCCAGUCAAUAGCGUUUCGCCGUUCGACAUCGACACAGUUUAGCGCUUAAAGUUUUGUUUAAAGAGUCGGUCUGCUUGUUCCGACCUAUGGUUCCGACGCCGUUUCGCCCGAGGAAAAAACUUGUAACGUUAGAGCAAAAAAAUGUAUUAAACCCUCCUGCCACGGUGAUGUAUAUUUUUUUGUUUUUAUUAUAAUUUAAUUAAAAUUAAUUUUUCUUCUUAUCAGAGUAAUUUUCAAGGGUGUGGCCCUAAGUUAUGUUGUGGUUCAUUUGCUCUAAUACAAUCACGCCUUAAUACAGGUCGGUUGAGGUGUCGUUGUUUGAUGCCUUGUACGUUACGUGUGGCAUUGUACGACUUUACAUGUUGUCUUUUAAAGGGGCACUAACCGUCGUUUUUUUAUUUUGUAACUUUUAAGAGGUACAUGUUCGCAUUACUGCUUAAUACUAUAGUUGUUUUGCAAUUUAAAAGUUAAUUAACAAUUCAUUAAAAAUAUUAGCAUUUUCACACAUUGACACUUUAUUUAUGUAAUAGUUUUUUUCUUUGUGCGUAUUAAAGUAAUAGUGCAGACAUGACAGCAGUUGUAGGGCGAGUUUGGGGGUGGGUCAGUCCAGCAAAUCUAUACACGUCCUGGGGCAGUAAGACCAAACCAGAGAAACCAGUAACAAUGGACAGUCAGAUUGAAAGCAGAUGGGGUUUAUGGGGACUUACUGCUUGGGUUUGGAGGGGCAAGAACACCAAAAAGGACCAAAAGACACUCACUGAGGAAUUCUGGGAGACCGAAGAGAGUUUUAAGCCAUUGGAAGUAGAAGAUCUUCGGGCGUUUGGGCCUGCUGUUGAGCCUGAGAAAGCAGCAGCCCAAAGCUCCUCACGCUGGUGGUGGAGAAUGCUUCCAUCCAGAUACUCUUUUUGGCCCUGGUGGUCGACGUCCACCGGGCUACGUCAGCAGAAAUGUGCCGGGUGGAAUGAAGGUACAUGGGACUGUGACGAAGUGGACGGGGAAUCAGACUACGGGACACCCCCGCCAUCCCCCACGCCACUGUCUCAGCAGCCAUCAGCAGCAUUCCGCUUCUUCUCUCGCUCGUGGACUGGGGAAAUUGUGCCUGAGCACUACAACAUUUGCUUUAAUUUCCUCCGACACCUCUUUGAUUUGUUCGUGGUGGGCUUCCUGAGUACAGUAUCCCCUCCAACCAAGAUCAUUUUGGAUGUGCUAGGGGUGCAGGGUGCCCUGAAGCUGUGGCUCCAUGGGAUGGCCAUGUUUCUGGUGGCAUCUGUCGGGAUGGCCGGACUGCUGUGGGCGGUACAGGAGUACCUGAUGAUGUUUGCUUUGAUCUAUGGUAUCGUGCAAGCCCUGGUCAUCUCUGUGAGCGUACGGCAGAAUGAGGCUUUGGCAGAGGGGGAUGAUGGGAAAGGUGAUGAUGAGGUCAAAGAGGGUGAGGAGGAACAGGACGACAUAUGGGAGCAGAAUAAGCCACCGCAGACCACUGACGAAAGCAAAACUGGAGUUAAACAGAAGAGUUGAAGACUUAGGAAAAGUCAGGUAAAACUGGGUUGCUGAAAUACUGAUAGUCCAGUACCAUGAUCUCUCAAUGAAGAUUUAGCCACUUCAACACCGACCACCCACAACUUCCACCAACUUGAGAGCGAUUGAACAUCCUAAAUAUACCAGCGCAUCUUCCUCUCCACCAAUAGGUUUUUUCCCUCACUUUAAAAUGUACUUUUAGUUUUCCCAAAAACAAUUUUGACAUAGCACACCAGCAGUAGACGUGAAUGAGUAAAACACUAGAAUCUACAGCCAGAGUGAUAAACAACAUCUGCCACAAGACAGGAAGUCAUCUACAAACCCGAAGAACCAGCAAUGAUUGAUUGUCAGGGAAUUUCACUGAGACUUAAGGUGGAAUAUUGCAUGAUUCUGAAGGCUCAUCCGGUGAAUCGACUAGUUGUUUAUUCCGAAACAUUCGUUUUAUUUUUAGAUGGUGAUCAACACCUUUACAACUGACAUCUGCAUGUGUCACUUUAUUCGUAGCUCGAUGUUGUCUCUGGACUGUUCAUUUCUCUAAUGUGCUCUUCCGUGUAAUGGAUUGAGAUCUUUUAUUCAGCCCAUUAGUCCACUCACAGACAAGCUUGGUGAACUUUUUGAGCGCAAUUGUAAAGGAAAUGGAUGCAAAAUUUGAAAAGAAUACCUUUUACAUACAGCAAACCUGAACACUUUUCUUUUCAUUCAUUCGACCCGUUGGUAAAAAGACUUCCUUGCGUCAUUAGAUCCACUGUGCUUGACAUAUAUUUAUGUAUGUUUCAUCACAGCAUUAACUGCACGUUUUGAUUGAUUUCAAAUGUAUUGUCGUUCUUAUUUGCUUCAUUUAUGUGUCUGUUGAUUAUCAUAUCUUUUGUGCCUCACGAUAUCUGGUACUUUGGCCAGUUCACAGGGAAUUAUGGGUAAUGAUAGAAGUGAUUUUGCACAGAUGCAUACUGAAAGCUUAAUAUAUAAUGCUUUGUUGCACAAACGUGACUCUCGCUUGUAAGAAUAGCUUUCUCCUUCUGAAUGUGUCCCAAAAAUAGCAUUUUAUCUAUGCAUGAUACUAUAGAACAAUGAAAACCUUUUGAAAUGCUUUUCUUUUUUCUGUUCUUUAUGGUACUGACUCAUCAAUUUCUUGGUUGUUCAUGCCAGUUAUUUAAGCAUUGAAAUGUUGCGCUAGAUUUGUUGGUUCACUGCAAUUUUGAGCAAUGGAGGAAUACUUUAAAAUGUGUUUUUUAUGUAAGUUUCGAGUCCAUUAAAGUGCGGGCCACUGCUGAAACCAGGCGGCUGUGAAUAGAAAUGUCUGCUGUAGAGUGAAAUGGAUUACAGCUCAAGGAUAGAUGUAUCUAGGUUGUGGGAUCGAGAGAUCUACAUUUACAGCUUUUAAGUGCUGCACACUGAGUCUUUAUUAGUCCUUACAGCUCAAAUAAACUUCCCUUUCCCACAUUUCA